AUGUCAACAUAUGAAUCAAAAGUAUAUGAACAACAAAUAGACAUGGAAGUAGAAAUGAAUACUAAAAGUUCCAAAAUUCAAGAUAACCAGGAAAUGGUUAAAGACUCAAAAAAGAACAAAGAAAAUAAAUGGAAAGAAGUAAAAAAACAUAAAGGCAAAUAUGCUGAGAAACCUGAUAUCGUUAAAAAACCAAGUGACAAAGAGGAUAACAAGUUCAUUGUAUCUUAUAACUCAGAAGAUGACUAUCAAAAAUUUUGA